AUGGAAGCAACAAAAUAUCUUCUUUUCCACGUCUUACACGCUGUGCUUAUUACAGCAUUGAGGAUAGAUGUUUGUUCAGCUUGGCAGCAAUUCCAGAUAGUUGGAGUGGCUGCACAACGGCGAGAUUUGGUGAAUGCUCACGUUACUAUCGUCACCUCUCUGAUGGUCUUCACUGACAUCAUCGCCAUCGGUAUCGUGAUCAUUAUGGCUAUCGGUAAUCGCAACGACUUCAUCAAUUCACUCCCUAGUCAUUUCGUCAACGAGAAGAAAUUCUAUGACGUCAUGGGCCCAUUCUGGAUGUACCUCGGCGCAUUCUCCCUCCAUAUCACUGUAGCCUUCAAUAUGUGCUGCCUACAACCUUACAAUUGCUUCAUCUCAUUUCUCGAUGCAAAAGUGAAAACGAAGAAUCACCCAACGAUUGAGACGGAGCACCGUGAUGAAAAAAUUGAACCAGAGAAUACAGAAGAGAAGCAAAAGGAUCAGUAA